GGUUAGUGCUAAGUGGCUAGCACAGAAAUAUGAGCAUCUCUUCAGAUCUGAUAUAACUACUGGUAUUCAGACAAUAAUUGAUGCAUGCAUGGAAAAAUAUGGUGUAGAUGUGCCCAAGUGCAUGGCAUAUAGGGCAAAGAACAUAGCUAUUGAAGCUGUCUUAGGAGAUCACAAGAAGCAAUAUCCUAGGCUUAAAGACUAUGCUCAGACUGUCAUGGACACAAACCCUGGGAGUAGAGUAAUAGUCACUACUGUUACUCCAGUACCAAAUGCAAAAAUACCCCACCCAGGCCCAAGAUUCCAUGCCAUGUUCUUUUGCCUGAAUGGAGCAAGGGAGGGGUUUCUCAAUGGGUGUAGGCCAUUCAUUGGUGUUGAUGGAUGCUUCAUUAAGCUCACUACAGGAGCUCAACUCCUUGCUGCCACUGGUAGAGAUGGCAACAACAACAUAUAUCCACUGGCAUUUGGCAUAGUUGGACAAGAGGACACACCUAGUUGGUGUUGGUUUCUACACCAACUGAAAAUUUGCCUAGGUGGAGAAGUGGGCAAGUUUGGACCUUAUACUAUAAUGUCAGAUAGACAAAAGGUAUGUGUUUGCACAUUUCAUUUUGUUUUGCACAAGUGUUAACAGUAGCUAAGGGUUUCAUUGGUGCAUAUUUAUUUACCUUGUAGCUUAGACUUGUUAAAUUGUUUGUGUCAGGGGUUAUUGAAUGCAAUGAAUGCUGUCUUUCCAAAUUGCAACCAAAGAUUCUGCCUUAGGCAUUUAUAUGCAAAUUUCCAAAAUGCUGGGUUUAGGGGUGAAGAUCUUAAGAAGUGCAUGGAUAAUUCUAGCUAUGCCUACAAUGAACACAAAUUUAAUAUUGCAAUGAAUGAUCUUAGAUCUGAAAGUGAGGAAGCUUGGGAGUGGCUUACUGCAAUACCAAAAAAAACAUGGGCAAGGCAUGCAUUUGACACAAACUGCAAGACUGACUUGGUAGUGAACAACUUGUCUGAGGUGUUCAACAAGUACAUUCUAGAUGUUAGGAGAAAACCUAUAAGGACAAUGUGUGAUGGGAUAAAAGAUAAGCAGAUGGUGAGGUGGCAUAGGAACAGAGAGAGUGUAAAGGCAGCAAGAUGGGAUAUAACACCUCAUUACAGUGAGAAGCUAGAGGUUGAGAAGGAGAGGGCCAGAUAUUGCAAGCCAAUACAGGCAGGGGUCAACUUAUGGCAAGUUACAAGUGGGCAGCAAACACAUGCUGUCAACCUGGAACUUGAGACUUGUGGAUGCAGGAAGUGGGACCUUAGUGGCAUACCUUGCAACCAUGCCAUCUCUGCAAUAAACAAGGCUAAAAGGAAACCAGAGGAUUAUGUCAGCAAAUUCUUCAAGAAAGAUUUUUAUGCUGCAGCUUAUGAACCAAUGAUCUUUCCUGUGCCUGGUGAGCAUGAUUGGACAAGGACCCCUGGUCCAGACAUAGAACCACCUGCAUUCAAAAUCAAGAGAGGAAGAAAGAAAGAAAAGAGGAUCAAGGGCAAAUUUGAAGUACCAAAGCCAAAAGAAACUUCAAGAAUGGGGACCAUAACAUGUGGCAAUUGUGGUCUCCAAGGGCAUAGGUACACAAACUGUCUUAAACAGUUGAAGCCUGAGCUAGCUUUGAGGAAGAAUAAGCAUGUGGUAAUAAUUUUUCACCUUGAAAUAUACAAAUCUUUCCUUUAUUUCUUGUACAUUUCUUUCUAGCAUUA